CCGUUCGGUUGCAUUCCAAGCGCGGCGGCCACAUCCGUUAGUUCGCGUUAUAGGCGCUAGUAUAAUCGUCCCUGCCCGCGUUGAAUACUCAUGAACAGCCCCGCGUCACUUGGGUAUGCGCUUUCGAUAACGAAUCUGUCAACAAUGGAUAACGGGAUCGUUGGUUCGAUUCAUUGGUCGGGCCUCCUCCGCGGGACCGUUACGGAUAUAAUAUAACCCGGCGCACACGAUCAUCGUGGAGACACUUUCGAAUCUCUCGCCGCAAGUUCAGGUGCACACCGGCACACGUCCACGCGCGUAUAUGCACGGAGGACGCGCGCACACAUACCAGUGUUCGAGAUACCAGUUUUCGAAGCCGGGGCGACCUUAACGCGGGUUUGCUCGCGCGCGCGCGCGCACACACGCGAGGCAGGCACGUUUCACAACACACGUUCGCGCGCUCAAUCAACUAGAGAGAAUCGCGUUACCUUGCAGAACGCGGGCCCAGUACGCGCUUGACCACGCUGUCGAGAGGAGGCUGUUCGACGCACCAGUUCCACGGAGAAGAUCUCGAUAUGCCCAACUGUCCGAAGUGCGACAAACCGGUCUAUUUCGCCGAGAGGAAAACAUCGUUGGGCAAGGAUUGGCAUGGAUCGUGUUUACGUUGCGAGAAAUGUAACAAAACGUUGACACCGGGCAGCCAUUCGGAACACGAAGGAAAACCUUAUUGCAAUCAUCCGUGUUACGCCGCUCUGUUCGGGCCGGGAGGUUUCGGCAGAGGCGGUGCGGAGAGUUACGUUUACAAGAAGUGAAAAAUCUAAGGAAUUUUACGGCAAUAUAAUACUUAUUUCUAAUCAAAUCGCGUUACCUGUACCGUAGCAAUUAAAUUUAAUUAAUAACAUUAGAUAACUAGAUUGUCUGAGCGUGAAGUACAACAUAUUUUUGUUAGAAUUAAAUGUGUUAAUGGUUGCAAAUAUGAAUAUGAAAUACUUAAGAUAAUUUUUUAUAAAAUCACGCAUAAUGUAUCUCUAUAUUAGAUAUAAAU